GAAAACUAAACCUAAUUAAGUGAAAAAAAAUGUAUAGCUCAAGCAUUUUGUCUCUCCUGUUUGUAUGCAUUUUCUCUCUCCUGAUUCUGCAUGGAGUUUCCACUGGUUUUGAAGUUGGUGAUGGUAUAACCAAAGGUUGGGAAGUUCCUGCUUUGAAGCAUCCUAAAGUUUACAAUGAUUGGGCUGAGAAAAAUCGUUUCAAGGUCAAUGACACCCUACACUUCAAGUACAAGAAAGACUCAGUAAUGGUGGUGACGGAUUCGGAAUACAGCAAAUGUGGAUCACCUCAGCCUCUAUUCUUCGCCAACACCGGCGACACCACCUUCGUAUUAGACAGGCCGGGUUUAUUCUACUUCGUCAGCGGCGUGGCGGGGCACUGCCAGAGAGGUCAGAAGAUGAUCGUCAAGGUUUUGGACGUGGAAAGCCCACCUCAACAAUCUGGAGAUGAUACUGCUGCACCAGACACCGACAAGAAAAGUGAUGCUAGUAGGAAUACUAAUGCUAUUAUUGGUGGGUUUAUCAUUUUGUUGAUUGUUGUUGGGUUAAAUAUCAUUGGUUUCUUGGUUUAGGGUUGGUUGCAACGUUUGCUAAUUGCUAUUUGGUUUAGAAAUUUGAUUAGGUUUAGGGUUGGUUGGUUUGCUAUUUGGUUUAGAAAUUUGAUUAGGCAAAGGAUUAAGAGAGAUAGAUUAUGUGUUUUAGUUGAAUUUGGUUUGAUUAACAAUGCAAGUGUUUUAUGUUAUUUUUAGGGUUUGAGACUAAAUUUUCGACUUUUAAUUAAUUUGUUUAAGCAAUAGAACUCUUUGGAAUUGUUUUCAAGAAAUUUCAUUAAGAAAUGGGUUGAUAAGUACACAAAAAUGAUAAAUACUCC